AUCAUACGUACAUGUGCAGGUGGCUCUGCAGAACACAGCAAACUUCAGAGUCACAUCUGAGUGGAGCGAUGGAGAAUCUCUCAUCAGAAAAGGUGGCCAUCAGCAAUCCAGCAGACAUCAGCGUCAUCAUUGGAUAUUUCCUCAUGGUUAUCGGUGUCGGCAUUUGGUCCAUGCUUCGGACCAAUCGUGCGACAGUGGGGGGAUAUUUCCUGGCAGGACGUACGAUGACGUGGUUACCGGUUGGAGCUUCGUUGUUUGCCAGUAACAUUGGCAGUGGUCACUUUGUGGGCCUGGCAGGAACCGGGGCAGCCAGUGGCAUUGCUGUAGGGGGGUUCGAGUGGAACGCUCUGUUCAUCGUGCUGCUGCUCGGCUGGCUCUUCGUGCCCGUCUACCUCACAGCUGGGGUGAUCACGAUGCCGCAGUACUUGAAGAAGAGGUUCGGGGGGACCCGGAUCAGUCUCUACCUGUCUGUUAUCUCUCUGUUUUUGUACAUUUUCACCAAGAUCUCGGUGGACAUGUUUUCAGGGGCCGUGUUUAUCCAGCAGGCUUUAGGGUGGAACAUCUACAUAGCCGUUGUUGCCCUCCUGUUGAUCACAGCUCUGUACACAGUUACAGGCGGCCUGGCAGCUCUGAUGUACACAGACACGGUUCAGACGUUUGUCAUCAUUGUGGGGGCCUUCGUUCUCACAGGAUUCUCCUUUGCUGAAGUUGGGGGCUACAGCGCUCUGCUUGCUAAAUACAGCUCCGCUAUACCCUUUAAUGUGUCCUCCAUUGACGUCCAGCGCUACAACAUCUCCCCCCACUGCUACACCCCGCGGCAGGACGCCUUCAGCCUGCUGAGGGACCCCACCACCGGGGACCUGCCCUGGCCCGGCGUGCUGUUUGGCAUCUCCAUAGGAUCAAUCUGGUACUGGUGCUCGGACCAGGUGAUUGUACAGCGGUGCCUUGCAGCUCGCAGUAUCACCCACGUGAAGGCCGGCUGUAUCCUGUGUGGCUACCUCAAACUGCUCCCUAUGUUCCUCAUGGUGUUUCCAGGCAUGAUCAGCAGGAUCCUCUAUCCAGAUGAAGUUGGCUGCGUGGUCCCAGAGAUCUGUAAGAAGGUUUGUGGGACUGAGGUGGGCUGCUCUAACAUCGCCUAUCCUAAGCUGGUGGUAACUAUCAUGCCCAACGGUUUGCGAGGCCUGAUGCUCGCCGUGAUGCUGGCUGCCCUCAUGUCCUCCUUGGCCUCCAUUUUUAACAGCAGCAGCACUUUGUUCACCAUGGACAUCUGGACCCGCAUCAGGCCGCGGGCCUCUGGGCGUGAGCUGAUCAUUGUAGGCAGAGUCUGGGUUCUGUGCAUCGUAGCCAUCAGCAUCUGCUGGAUUCCAGUUGUCCAGGCAGCACAGAGCGGCCAGCUGUUUGAUUACAUCCAGUCAAUCUCCUCGUACCUGGGUCCCCCUAUCGCCGCUGUGUUUCUGCUGGCUCUGUUUGUUAAGAGGGUCAACGAAGCGGGGGCCUUCUGGGGCCUGAUGGGCGGCCUGGCGAUUGGUCUGUGUCGGAUGGGGCUGGAAUUCUGGUUUGGUUCUGGCAACUGCAUUUUCCCCAGUCAGUGCCCUUUCAUUAUCUGUGGAGUCCACUACUUGCACUUUGCCAUCAUACUCUUCUCCUGCACGACAGUGCUGGUGCUGCUAGUCAGCUACUGCACUGAGCCCAUAGCCGAUGAGCAUCUCCACCGGCUGGUGUUCAGUCUUCGUCAUUCCAAAGAGGAAAGGAAAGAUCUGGACUUGCAGUUAGAGGAAAAAGCCCAGAGAGCCCAGGAAGAAGAUAAGGGGAGGGGGACAGAACUUAACAACACUGUUGUUGUGGCCGAAGAAGAAAAGCCUUCCAUCUGUCAGCUGGUUGCUGGUUUCUUUGGGCUGCAUAGCAGCUCACCGGCUCCUGAACAAGAAGAACCGGAACCGGAGGAGCAGGAGAUGCCUGACAUCACAGAGGACCCGCUGUGGAAGAACCUUGUGAAUGUUAACGCCCUCAUCAUGAUGACUGCAGCAGUUUUCAUGUGGGGAUACUUUGCCUGACAGUCUUCUGGUCCUUGAUAAAAACGGAUCAGUCAAAAUCUGCAUCUUAGUUUGAUUGAAAUCGUUCACUCUGAUGAUUAUAUUUCUAGUGUUGGACUCAGAGAAGAAAAUGAAGACAAUGCUGCCAUCUGCUGGCCUCAAGUUGUCCUUGCACUCCAAGUAAUAGAUUUCACACGUCUAAAUGUAAAAAAAAAACGGUUAAAGUCCUCGCCUCCACUCAUCUAAAGUGUAAUGGAGGCUCUAAAACCAUUGAUCAAGUUAGGAAUCCAUUACUGUAUACAAUUACAUGGUGAUCCAAUCAAAGUCAAUCACAUUCACUGCAAAAAAGCCUAAAUUAAGAUUUUUCUGUAUGAAAUUCAAUAAAUUGUUA